CCUGCGAGGUGCGCCUGCGCACUGCCGCAGCGCACGUGUUCGAGCCCGAAAUGCCCGCUGGAGCUCGAGUUUCCUAGGGAUGGAAACAGACAUGGAGUCGCAGAGCGCGGGGACCGAGGAUGACUUCACCCAAGUCACCGGCAAGGGUGGCCGGCGGUCGAAGAAGCGGCAGGCUGAGCAGCUGUCCGCGGCGGGGGAGGGCGCUGACGCGGACAGCAUGGACACGGAGGGGGUCCCGCCCGCGAAGAGGCCCGUUUUCCCGCCCCUCUCCGGAGACGGAUUCCUGGGUGGGAAAGGAGAAACAAGGAAAAUUCCAGUCCCAGCUAACAGAUACACGCCAUUAAAAGAGAACUGGAUGAAGAUAUUUACUCCUGUUGUAGAACAUUUGAGACUUCAGAUACGCUUUAACUUGAAAUCGAGGAAUGUAGAAAUCAGGACUUGUAAAGAAACCAAGGAUGUCAGUGCCCUGACAAAAGCCGCUGAUUUUGUGAAAGCCUUUAUUCUUGGGUUUCAGGUGGAGGAUGCCCUUGCUCUCAUUAGGUUGGAUGACCUCUUCCUGGAGUCUUUUGAAAUUACAGAUGUUAAGCCCCUAAAGGGAGACCACCUGUCGAGGGCAAUAGGAAGAAUAGCUGGCAAAGGAGGAAAAACCAAAUUUACCAUAGAGAAUGUGACACGGACACGAAUAGUUUUGGCUGAUGUGAAAGUUCACAUCCUUGGAUCUUUCCAAAACAUUAAGAUGGCAAGAACUGCCAUUUGCAACCUCAUCCUAGGAAAUCCCCCAUCGAAGGUUUAUGGCAAUAUUCGAGCCGUGGCUAGCAGAGCAACAGAUCGAUUCUGAUUUUAAAUCAGAGACUAUUUAUCUUGUCUUUGGACUGUAGAGAAAAAGACCUUACCCUCUGCAGGUGGUCAGAAGAAACCAUGUGGAAGAAUUUUUCAGCCCCUUUAAGUAUUGGUUCCUUCUUCCAUUCUCAACCAGAAGCAUAAACACAAGGAAAGGUUUGACAGUAUUCACAACUCAACAGCUUUGAGGAUAUUUAAAUAUCAAAAUUCAGUACCAUUAUUUUGCUUACAUAUUAAUUAUAUAUAUUUUUUCAUUUUAAAUGAUACAGAUUUUCAGUUUAUAGAUUUGUAGAUUUUUAUAAGUCUAUAAACAUUUCUUCUCUAUGAGUUGUAAUUAAAAGACUCAGAGAACCUCUCUAUGACUCUUAAUACUGAGUGGUGGGUGACUUAUUGUAGAAUUAGUUCGUAAGCAACAGUUUGGGAUAUACUGUGUGAAUCACGAAAAGCUAAUCUUUGUACCUGUUUUGUAGUUUGGAAAAUAAAAAGACUACACAAGGUUAAUGUGACGAAAGAGUUUUAUAUUUCAAAUAAGUAUUUAAUGAAAGUAGACUGUACCAAUGUUGGAUAUAUUUCUUCUAAGUAGUAAUGGUGAAAUAUAUUUUUACACCUAAGAAAACUGGUUUUGCCAGUUUAUAGAUUAACUGGUGUCUGCCUGUUUAAAAGAUUGAUUUUAUGCAUUCUUUUAAAUGAACUCAUGUCAUUGAACCUGUUGUUUGUAAUACUGCAUUCUCUUUUACAUCUCUAAAACGUUUGACCAGAACUUUUUGACUUGAAUGAUGGGAGCAUUAGGAAGUUUAAGAACCAGAUAAAGUAUUCUUAUUAA